UUUUGUACUAUAAUCAUUUAAUCAACUGUAAAUGCAUUCCUACUAAGGUUUACAGUGAAAUGGUAGCUACGUGGGAAUGUGGUUUGAUUCUUACCUUCCCUUUCACGCCUCCUGGUUUAUUAGAAAAAGAGCCGACAAAUAUUACUAACAACAACUAAGAGGAGGUAAGAAUUAAUAUUAAUAUUAAUAUUAAUAAUAGGAUAUAUACAUACUUAUGCUGGUUACUAGGUACCUUGUCAAAAGACCCCGUAAUAUACUACUACUAUAUUAUAAUUGAAAACAAGAAGAUAUCCAUUAAUUAUGAGGAAAAUAGCUAACUAGCAUGUGAACCGUAAUUAUGUAUUUACUACACAACGCAUGCAUGCAAUUGCAAUUGAUUCAUACAUCUCCUCACUCACACACCCCCAAAACCAAAAAAAAAGAAAAAAAAACACUUCUUUCCCAAUUUAAUUUUAUAUUCAUUGGUUUGUGGGGGGGAAUUUUUUGUUUCUACAUUGUUAUUGUUCAUCAAUAUGGUUGAGAUUUUAAUUUUCUGAGCAAUAUAUAUCUUAUGUUUUGAUGGGGAAUACAUGCUCCGGACCCACUUUGAACAAAGAUUCAGCAGAUUCAUCAAAGACAGAUGGAAAAGGCUCUGAUUCUAAUAAUGUCCAGAACACCCCUCCUCCACAUCUUCAGAUACCUGGAGAUCAGGAUGAAAAAUCAACAAAUUCCCAAAAUGGUGACGACAUUGUUGUGGAAGAUGUCAAAAGAAAUAAUUCUAGUAAUCUUAAGCGAGUAAUGAGUGCAGGCCUCCAAGUUGAUACUGUUUUAGGACGAAAAACCGGAAAUUUGAAAGAUAUUUAUACUUUAGGAAGGAAAUUAGGACAAGGCCAAUUUGGGACAACCUUUUCGUGUGUCGACAAAGCUCAACAAAAAGAAUUUGCAUGUAAAUCAAUUGCUAAAAGAAAGUUGACAACUGAAGAAGAUGUCGAGGAUGUACGGAGGGAAAUUCAGAUAAUGCAUCACUUGGCAGGCCACCCUAGUGUUGUACAGAUUGUUGGGGCUUAUGAGGAUGCUGUUGCUGUUCAUGUUGUAAUGGAGCUUUGUGCUGGUGGUGAACUUUUCGAUAGGAUUAUAAAGAGAGGCCAUUAUUCUGAGAAGAAGGCUGCUGAACUUGCAAGAGUAAUAGUAGGUGUUGUAGAAGCAUGUCAUUCACUCGGUGUUAUGCAUAGGGACCUCAAACCUGAGAACUUCCUUUUUGUCAAUGAGAAAGAGGAGUCCUCAUUGAAGACCAUCGACUUUGGCUUAUCUGUCUUCUUUAGACCAGGUGAAACAUUCACUGAUGUGGUUGGAAGCCCUUACUAUGUAGCACCAGAAGUCCUGCGCAAGCGUUAUGGUCCAGAAUGUGAUAUUUGGAGUGCUGGAGUAAUAAUUUAUAUACUUCUUAGCGGUGUGCCUCCAUUUUGGGAUGAAACGGAGCAAGGAAUAUUUGAACAGAUUGUAAAAGGGGAACUUGAUUUAGUAUCCGAACCUUGGCCAGCUAUAUCAGAAAGUGCCAAAGAUCUAGUCAGAAAAAUGCUUGUGAGAGAUCCCAAAAAGCGGUUGACAGCUCACGAAGUUCUCUGUCACCCAUGGGUCCGUGUAGGUGGAGUUGCUCCAGAUAAGCCUCUUGAUUCUGCUGUUCUUUCUCGUCUGAAUCAAUUUUCUGCAAUGAAUAAAUUAAAGAAGAUAGCAAUCAGAGUUAUUGCUGAAAAUCUAUCUGGAGAGGAAAUUGCGGGAUUAAAGCAAAUGUUCAAAAUGAUAGACGCAGAUAACAGUGGACAUAUUACGCUGGAGGAACUGAAAAAGGGUUUAGAAAAAGUUGGUUCCAAACUUAAGGAUUCAGAAAUAAACAGUUUAAUGCAAGCGGCAGAUAUGGAUAAUAGUGGUACCAUUGACUAUGGCGAGUUUAUCGCUGCUAUGCUCCAUCUAAACAAAGUCCAGAAGGAGGAUCACAUGUAUGCCGCUUUUUCAUAUUUUGAUCAAGAUGGUAGUGGAUAUAUCACACAAGAAGAGCUCCAACAGGCUUGUGAGAAGUUUGGUUUGAGCAAUAUUCCCAUGGAAGAACUUAUGCGUGAAGUUGAUCAGGAUAAUGAUGGGCGCAUUGACUACAAUGAAUUUGUAGCAAUGAUGCAGGAUACUGGUUUUGGCAAGAAUGGUAACAAGAGAGUGUGAGCAUUGGCAUCCCAGAGGCCUUAGAACCUAGUAAAACUUGAUAACAAUCCUACCAUAUUGGUUUUAGUAUCAUCAUUACAUAACAUACACUUUUGUUUGCAUAUAUCUGUAAAAAUUACUGCUAAUUCUUGUGUUCCAUCUUAUAUAAUCCUGCGCAUCUUAAUUUUAGGCUUGCUUGGCCCUUUGAUCACAAAACUACUGCAGAUACCGUGGAAGCAGAUUAGAACCUGUGUUUCAUUCACUCUUCAGUGUUUCUGCUUUGCAUAGAAAAUGCAUUUUCUGCAGAAGUAAUGCGUGAGUCCAAGUUCAAUGCUAUUCUUCUCACCUUUUGGCGUAGUCACAAUAUCAGUCCUGUGCCCUCGUUUCACCUUAUUAGAUGAUUUUGGUGUGUACUACAUUCAUUUUUUUGAUGAAGUUUGAUGUACACUACAUUUUUUCUCUUGUUUAAUAGUAACAUUUUGAA